AUGGACUUUGACGACGAAUUAGAGUAUCAAUUUGCUGAUACUACUACUGAAGCGAACGAUGACGAAGAAGAAGAGAAGGAUUUUGAAAAUCUUCAGGAUGACUUUAGAGAAGGAGCUAGUGAAGAGCAAAUUAGUGAAGAGGAAUUACACUUUCAACAAAAUAUCAAACCACACAUUUUAGAUACAAUACGGUUAUUGACCAGUUUUAUUAUUUUCAAAGAUGAUGAGGAAUUAUCUUUCGAAGAGAAUACUGAAGUCUAUGCUGCUAAAAGGAAGGCUUGUAUCGAAUCGUUGCAAGACUUACAAGAAAUUACAAAGGAGGAUUUGACUAAAAGAGAGAGAAGAGUUUGGACACUUUUAAUAGAGACAAAUAUUCACAAGAAUGAACUCUUUUCACUGCUGUCACACCACAGAAAUGACUAUGACAUUGUGAGAGAGGUAAUUGAUUUGUUAGUAAUUUUGAGUGAGUCUCCAGAUCAAAACAAUCCGAGAUUUAGAAAGUUCUCUGCUAGAGGAGGUGCUUCCGAAAGAAAGAGAGCUAUUUUCUACUUUGGAAAACAAAUGAAAAUAUUGCAAAGAUUCAAACAAGCUUUACUGUCGACUAAAUACCUUCCAAUCAUUAGUUGGACAUUAAUGAAUAAGGAAAAUGAAUCUGCACUCAAAUCAAAAAUGAUAAUAGAUGAGGAAAAUAAGAGGAGAGUACUUACAGAAGCUGACCUCUACUUUAUUGCUAUUUUCAAAUUGUUAAAUAACUUAUUAUCUAUACCAGAUGCCAAACAUGGCAAAGUUUUACAAACUGAAGAACUCCAAACAAGAAUGCAAGAUGUUUUGGUCAAACAAUUGCAAAAUGACUGUCAAUUUUUAGAUUACGCUCUCGUUAAAAUGACCAAAUUUAUUGAGAACUAUAACGAAGUAUCGUCGCAAUCUGAAAUGAAGAGACUCUCAGAAUCUUAUUUACUUUUUACAAAGUUUGCUACCAUGCUUUUUUGGAAUGAAUCUGUGAAGGAUUUAUUUGAAGCAUCAAAUCCAAUAAUUCCAAACAGUAAUGAUAUAGUCAUGUCACAGAAUGAGGAAAAUAUGGAAAUGGAUAACAGUGAGCUGAAAAGAUUGCUAAGAAAGGAGAAAAUGUACAAGGAUCAAGUUAAGUCUUUGAUUCUCACAGGCAGACACUCUCGCUUCCAAGGCAGUCUUUUAGAAAGAGAAUCAAAUGUCAGUAAGGUUAUUAGUAAGAACAAGGAUGCUCAAAAGCUCAGUGCACUAUUAGAAGAAAAUGAAGAAUAUGAUGCAGAAAAAGAAAAUAAGAAGAAUGAUGUAAAGAUACAAAAAACCUUUGUUGUGCAAAAUGUAACUCACAUGAAUACGGCACACAUGUAUGCAGCUAGUGACAAUCCAUUCCUUGUUGGAGGCGGACAACAAAAAGCCUCGAGUACUGGUGCUAGAUUUGGUACCAAGAGAUUUAAUGUCAUGUCAGACAAGAUGGAAUUGAGAUUUUCUCCAUCCUCUCUCGAAACUAGAAAGAUCAUUAAGAACUUUGCAGAUGAUUUGUAUAGAGGCUGUUUCAAUACAUUGAUUCAACUUACUUUGCAAACUAUCAUCAAACAACAGGAGGAUUCCAUUGCCAUCAACAAUGAACUGGAUCAAAAAUCUACUAAGGAAGCACUUGAUCAUGAAAGCGAAAGAAACUUUUUAUUCUUAGGUCAAUUCAUGCUAGGUUAUAACAGAUACAAGUACCUGCAAAAGAAGAAGAGAGAAGAGCAAAGAUCAAGUGGAGAAACUGUUGGUUUCGAUAUUGCUCUUAUUUCUACCUUGUUGAAAGAAGGUGUUGUUUCUAUGAUAUUCAAGAAGUUGUUGAGUGAUUACUUUUACACACAAAAUACUUUUAAUCUUACAUUUGUAAUUGGUUUCUUGAGGGAAUUGUUUACAACUUUUAGAUGGAUGGGUGAUAAGAACUACAGUGGAUCUGAUGCAUCAACAUGGGGUAGAAUUGUUUCUAUUCACUUGCAUCACAUUCUCUAUGACCCAACAAAUAUGGAGAGUCUUGUAAGAUUAGUGAGAGAGUACAAACCAUAUCAAAAUUCUAUCAAGUACCUUUCUCAUUUAGUUUUGUUGGUUGACUUGUUUAUUACAGUCAUUAAUGAAAAUAUAAGCAUUGAAGCAUUCUUUAUGAAGUCUAAGAAAGGAGAAUCCUCAACCACAGAAGAUGAAGAAGAAGAGGAAGAGAACGAUUCUGCCAAGCAAAAGAGAUUCGAAUUGGAUGGUUUUAGAAGAAGAUUUGCCAAUCCUUCUGUUCUCAAACAGUACAUGUAUCUUUUCAGGUUUUAUGAUGUCAAUCCUCCAGAAGUCAACCAAUCCAUUAUCCAAAUAUUCAAGUACAUUAUUGAAGAAUUGGAUAUGGAAUUCAUGAUGUUCAGAGCAUCAUUCUUGAAGCUUUGUUUCAAUAUUCUUUCCAACAAGACGUUUAUCCAUGAUUCAUUGGGCUCAUUUGAAAGAAAGGUCAAUGAAGAGGUGAUUGACUUUGUUCUAUCAAUAGUAAAGAACUUCUUCAAGAGAGUCGAUGAAGAUCCAUUCACUGUAUGUGAAACUUUGCACUGGAGUACAAUGGGCGAAGUCAGCUUGCUCAACCACGCUGAUUUUGGUAGAUCAGCAACUGAAGGAAGAGCAUCAAGACCUGCAGAAGCUGAUGAUCUUGAUGAUUUCAUCCAAGGUGAGGAAGAAGAGGAAGAUGCCUUAGAAGCAAUUAGAAGAGAUGAGGCCAGAGGAGUUGAUGAAGAAGAAGAGCUUCCACAAGAAGAAAAGAAGAAGAAGGACAAGAAGAAGAAUAAGAAAAAGAAAGACAAGAAGAAAGAUGAAACAGAAGAAAACCAAGCUGAAGAAGGAACAGAAGAAAACCAAGAAGUUAAAAAGAAGAAGAAAGAUAAGAAGAAGGAUAAGAAGAAAAAGGAUAAAAAGAAAUCCAAAAAGAGAAAGGAAAGAGACGAAGAAGAAACUGAGGAAACUGAAGAUACUGAGAGAAGUGAAAAGAAGAAGAAAAAGAAGAAAAAGAAGGAAAAACAACAACAGGAAGAAUCUCUUCAAGAGGAAGAGGAACCACAAGUUGAAGAAGAAAUGGCUGAUGAAGAGGAUCGUCUCUUACUUUCCAGUGAUGAUAGUGAUGAUGAAAAGAGUAGAGGAAGACUGAAGAAAGUUACACAAAAAAGAGUCUUACCAAAUUCAUUCUUAAAUCUCGAUUUUGAGGAUGAAUAA